CUGUGGAGCUACUCCAACCCACCCAUCAUCGCCGUCGUCACCCUGCUGUGCUCCGAAGCCCCCUACAGCGGGGCAACUCAACCGGAGCUGCUGCAACAUGACCCAGGAGAGAAUGGUAGGGAGGGAGGAGACAGAGGAGGGAAGCAAGGCAGGCAGACAGCCUGCUGCCUCAGCAGAGCUGAAUUCAAAGACACAAUCCAUCCAGCUUACCACCUGUUUGCCCUGUUGCCCUCUAGCAGACACUACGGGUCAAACAGAACCAGGAUCCACAGGCUUGGAGACUGUUUCAUCCAACAAGCCAUCACUACACUGGACUAA